UUCCUGUUUCUCCUCUCACUCGCAGAAGUGUCCCGUAUCAGCGUGGCACGGGCGGCAGGGUGGCUGAGUGCCAGCGAGCACCAACUACGCCAAAAAAGCGGCUGACGCUCACUUAUCUGCUGGGUGGUACAGAGGAGCGUUCUAUUGGCUCGUCUUAGAGUAAGCAGCACAGCCUUGGCAGUGGGCUUCUCACCACUCAUCGACAUGCCGGCACUCACUGAGGUAGACCAAGUCACGUCCCUGCAGGUGGACGAGAAGUUGAAGUGCAUUAAAUACCAUAACUCCAGUGAUUCUGAUCUGCCGGAGUCAGAUUGCAUUAGGGGUGAGGAAGGAGGGGAUAUGGACAGCAAGGCGGGAAGUGGUGAGGGCCACGAGAAAUGUGUCGCGCUGGCGGUGCUGAGCCCAUCUGCGCCCGCUGAUCGCACCUCGCCCACACCUGCUGAGGAAAGUGAGUGUUCUGUGAAGAGAGGAAGUUAUGAAGUCACAAUAGAACAUAAUAAAACCGGUUUGAAUCAUGUGGAUGAAGACGGACGAGGUUCAGAACCAAUAAGUAAGACUUCUAAACAUCCAGACAAGUCAGAGGAGGGAGAAAUUAAUAAGGAGGCGGAGCACGAUGAUAUGGAUCGUGGCUGGGCCUUCUUGGUGGUCAUGGGCACCUUCACCACGAUGAUAGUGGUGGCCUUCGUGGGUCCUUGCUUCGGAAUACUGUUCGCGGAUUUCCUCAUCGAGAACAACGUUACCUCCACCACAACGGGAGCUAUAUUCAACACAGAAAACUUCGCAUGGAGCGUGUCCAACCUCCUAGCGGGGCCCUUGACCGAGGUGUUCGGGUGGCGGGCUGUGGGCAUAACGGCAGGCCUGUUGUGUUCUGCUGGCAUGGCAGCCUCAGCGUUCACCCCUUCGGUGCCAUUCCUUUUCUUCUCUUACUCAGUGCUGUCAGGUUUCGGGAGCGGGUCGGCGUGCCUGGCAUCCUUCGCAGUCAUACCUCAUUACUUCAAGCGGAUGUUGGGUCGAGCCAAUGGUUUCACCACCGCGGGAUUGUGUAUCGGAGGCAUCAUCGGGCCACCUAUAAUCACCUACCUGCAGGAACUGUAUGGCUUCAGGAAUGCCGCCCUCAUCGUGGCGGCGUUCGGGUUCAUCAUCAGCCUCUCCGCCAUGAUGUUCAGGCCAGUGCGGAAAAAUGGCAUUGUGGUCAGCAAGGUCAAGGAAGGCGCUGCCCCCCGCCCUGGACCUUUCAAACUAAUUGCCCAGAUGAUCUGCUCCGUGGUCAGGAACUGUCUGCUGCUCAGACUGCCGCGCGUCGCCAUCAUUGCCAUGGGAGGCUCCUUCGUCGUGGGCAUCUUCCUCAACCUCGCCCUGCUGUUGCCCUUCGUGAUGGAGUCCAAGGGUCACACGGUGGAGACGGCAGCGUGGUGCAUGUCAGUCUCCAACCUGUGCAAUCUGGCAAGCCGCAUCGUGAUAUCCUCGUUUUCAGACAUGGCCUGGUUCAACGUGCUCGUCGCCUAUAUCGUUCUGUCCUUCAUCUUGACUAUCUCCACGCUAGCAUUCGGCUUCCUGCAGGAGGUAGUGUGGAUCACGGUGGCCCUGGCAGUGUGCGGCUUCUGCACUGGAUCAUGCAUGUUUUUGUACAACAUGAUCAUGAUGAAGUACAUGGGGCUUCACAUGUACGUGCCUGUGAUGGGAGUGUCUGGCCUCAUCAACGGCCUGUGGAUGAUCUGCAGUGGUCCGCUCAUUGGUCUGAUACGUGACUGGAGUGGCAGCUACGUUGUCAGUGUGAGUGUUCUGGGCAGCACAGGGUUCCUCGCCACCGGCCUCUUCCUCCUCAUGCCCACUGCUGUAGCCUACGAGAAACGGAGAGAAGAGCAGCUGAAAAUCAAAGACACAGAAGCAGGCGUUUGAGAUCUUGUAAGGCGACUGGCAAGUAGCGGCAGAUCGGAGGACUUGCGGUGGAGACGAAACGGUUACAUAACGUUGUGGAAGAGAAUACAGCAUUUGAACAAACUUUUAGUCGUAACCGUGGUCGACUGUCCUCUCAACUUCCUCCCCACGACGGAAAUGAAGGAAAGAAAAAUAAAAAGGAAAAAAAGAAGAAAACUGCAGAUGACGAGUACAAGAAAGACUGUCCAUGUUUUGAAUGUCACAGUGGAUGGCGAUUCCAGGUAAUAAAAUGCUGCACCCAC